UCUCGACGAGAACGGAGCUCUUCACUGGUCUCUCUCUAGAGCUGUACGUAAUAAUGGAAGCUCUCGGAGUUCCUGUUCUGCAACAAACGUGUUUUAAUAACGGCAGCGCUGCCGUUUUGUUUGCCGUCCUGCUCAACUCUUUGAUCGGCGAACAGUGCAAACUUUUCAACCCUGAGCAGUACCCAAAGGACGUCGCCGCAGAAAAUUUACUGCCCGAGUACGACUUCAUCGUGAUCGGCGCCGGAAGUGCUGGCGCCGCCGUGGCCAACCGCCUGAGCGAGGUGGCGGAAUGGAACGUCCUGGUUGUGGAGGCCGGCGGCGACCCUGGCAUGACCUCCGAGGUGCCGGUUUUGUUCUUCGCCUCGCAGCACACGCAGGACGACUGGGAAUUCUGGCCCGAGGCGGACGGCACGAGCUGUCUGGGCAUGAGCGGCGGCCGCUGCUACUGGCCGCGGGGCAAGGCCCUCGGCGGCACUUCGGUGCUCAACGCCAUGCUCUACGUCCGCGGCAACAAACUCGACUACGACGGCUGGCAGGAAAUGGGCAACCCAGGCUGGGGCUACGAAGACGUUCUCGGCUACUUCAAAAAGUCGGAAAACUCGGACAGGUCGGACGAAUUUCACGCCCAGGGCGGCCCGCUCGAGGCCAAAAUGUACAAAUCCGGCGAGCCUAAUUUGAUUUCCGACUUUUUCUACGAGGCUGCCAAAGAAAUGGGCUACGACAAAAUUGACAUCAACUCGGCCACACCGGUGGGCUACGGCACGGCGCCCUCCACUCAAAAGGACAGCGUCCGCUUCAGCACGGCCAAGGCUUUCCUGGCGCCGGCCAAAGCGAGGAAAAAUUUGCAUGUGUCAAAACAUUCUCAAGUGACAAAGCUUCUGAUUGACAAAAGCGACAACAGAGUGACUGGAGUCGAGUUCGUCAAAGGCGGCGAGUCGCGCGUUGUGAGCGUCGGCAAAGAGGUUGUCUUGUCAGCCGGGGCCAUCGGAUCGCCGCACAUCCUGUUGCUCUCCGGAAUCGGCCCCGAGGAACAUUUGAAUGAAAUGGGCAUCCAAGUUGUAAAAAAUUCAAAGAUGGUAGGCAAAAAUUUGCAGGACCAUAUUUUGUUCCUAGGCAAUAUUUUCGCUAUGAAAAAGGUUGAUUUAGAAAUUGGAGAUAAAGAAAAAUUUGAGCUGGACCAAAUGUACAAGUAUUUGGUGUACAAAACGGGAUAUUAUUCCACCGUUGGAACUUAUGACUUCAUGGCCUUCAUCAACACGCCCCUGAACGAAAACAAACUGCAUCCGGACAUUCAAAUCCACCACUUGAUAAUCGGCGCCCAAGACCCACUGGUGUGGCCACUUUUCCUCAACGUGCAAGGCUACGACGAGCAAACGACAGACUACAUGAAAAAACUAAACGAAAACUUCACCAUCUUCAGCCCAAUCAUCACCCUUUUGAGACCUGACAGCGCCGGCGAAAUUAAACUCAACUCUUCGAAUCCGCUGGAGAAACCUGUGAUUUACGCAAAUUACUUUUCUAACCAACUCGACGUGAGGAGAAUCGUGGAGGCGGUCAAGUUCUGCAAGCGCUUCGGCGAGACGGAGGCGAUGAAAAAAUUAGGCGCUGAGCGAAUUGACGAUUUGGAAAGUUGCAGCUCCAAGUUUGGCAAGGACUCGGACGAAUACCACGAGUGCGCCCUGCGACACAUCGGAUCCACGAUUUACCACCCUGUGGGCACUUGCAAGAUGGGACCCGACCCUGCAACCUCGGUCGUCGACCCUGAACUCAGGGUUCACGGAAUCAAAGGGCUGCGGGUUGCGGACGCUUCGAUUAUGCCGAAAAUUGUGUCGGGAAAUACAAAUGCGCCUUCGAUAAUGAUCGGCGAACGGGUUUCAGAUUUUAUUAAAAAUAAAUGGCUUUGAAUUGUUAAUAAGUAAAUAUUAAUUAAAAUAAAUAAGUAAAAUAAUAAAUAUUUCAAUUCAAUUAAGUA